AUGUUAUCACAUGAUACACUUCAUUCAAAACGAGUUAUUAAAAUACAAGAUUUAAUAAAACAUUAUGAUUCAUUAUUAGCAAGUGGACAUGAGCCUGAAAUACAUGAAGCAUGGUGGUCACCAAUAUUAACACCAUCAUCAUUAAUAACACAUUUAUCUAUAAGUAGUAAAUUACAAUCUUAUUGUGAUUUAAUAUGUCAUCAUGAAUUAUAUGUUAAAUAUCGAACAUCAAUAAUAACACAUCAUCAAUUAUUCUUUUUAUUUGAACAACGUGAUAUUUGUACAUAA